CAGCGACAAUCCAGUCCCUAUCCCACUCUCGUCCCUCCGCCACGGGCAUGUGAUUUCCCCAGCUUGCGACCCGCGCUGGAGUUAGCUACUACAUAGCCGCCAUGCCUAUACAGGUCUAUUCGUUUUACAUCUUCGACCGCCAUACCGAGUGCGUAUACUCGAAGCUCUGGGUCCCCCGGCCCUCAUCCAGCAUCGCCGGCCCGCCCCCGUCAUCGCGGCCCCAAUCGCAACAGCCCGCGUCCCUCGCCGCCUCCGCCGCCGCAACAAUAACCACAGCAGCGCCGUCCUCCGCACCCCCCUCGACAACCACCUCUCCCGCAAACGCCGCCGCCGCCGCCGCCGCCGCUGCUGCUAUCACCCGGCGGAAGAACGAGAAUGACGCGAAGCUGAUCUUCGGCACCGUGUUUAGCUUGCGGAACAUGGUGCGCAAGCUCGGCGGCGACGACGACGCCUUCAUCGCCUUUCGCACCGCCCACUACAAGCUGCACUACUACGAGACCCCCACCAACCUGCGCUUCGCCAUGCUUACCGAGCCCGGCGCCCUCAGCAUGCGCAACGUCCUGCACCAGAUUUAUAUCAACCUCUGGGUCGAGUACGUCGUCAAGAACCCCCUCUCCCCAGUCGAGCACAAAGGCGGCGACGGCGUGAAGAACGAGAUGUUCGAGAUGGGGCUGGAUAAGUUUAUCAGAGGCCUGAUGUGACGGCUUGCCACGAUAGAGAAUAGACAGCGUGGUAUAAUACCGGCCUUGGGUAACCGAGGGAGUGAACUUAGCCCUUAGGUAGUUUAUUCCUGGUUAGCCUGGAGGCUGACGAAUUAAUCAAUGCUGCGGAUAAGUGUCCCAGAAGAGAGGAUAUAUAUGGGUGGGUAGAGGGACAGCAUAGAGAUGCAUCACUUUCCCGGCACCGCGUACACAUGGCUGAAAUAUUUGGAGUUAGCAUGAACUGCAAAACAAGGCAUUGGAGCUAAGAGCUGGAGAUGGUAUCAUUA